AUGUUGCUUACGAAAUACACAUGCAUUAUUAUGCAGGGCUUUGUGUGCAUCUAUUCAGUGACGAAGGACACAUCAGCAGAUCGCGGUGGGUUAAGAGAGCUCCAUGAAGAGGCAACCGCGAAUGGCUUCCUGCUCGUGAUCUCUCGGUUGGAUGAUAAGAGCACAAUACCUACAAGUGUUUGUUCUGGUGGUCUUGUACAUUGUUGUGACCAUGCUGAAAUCAAGGACCUUCUCAUUUCCGCAAUAGAUCAAUAUGCGUCGAUUCAACUUCAUGUCAUGGCUUGGCCAAACCAAACUCGUCCGUCUCCAAAUCAUUCGGUUGGAUUUACUGCUCUCUUACCACCGGAAAGAUCAUUCACUACUCAUCCCUAUGAUUAAGAGUUCUUUCCACCAUUUCGGUCCUUCCUUAGAGUACAAGUUAACAACUUAGACGACAUCAUUAGCCUUCUCACAUGAUAUCAAGGGAGUCAUUUUCGAAAACAUGUAUACGCUUACUACAAUUAUGGAAUACUUUUGUUGCUAGAGUUUGAGGGAGUCUAAGAACAAAAUACAUAUAGUAACAUCUUCAUAAGGUUCUUUAUGGAAAAAGAU